AUGAGUGUGUUGCGUGGUCAGGGUGAUCGUGGGCCAGCCGACAGUCAUAUACUGGACCGAUUCUCCACCACUUAUUCGGCCAGCUAUCGGCCGUUUGAAGAAACCCGACGAACUAUCCCCAUACAGUGUGUGUCAAAUUCGAAGUCAGGGAGUGGGCUAGACACCUCGGCCCGUGUGUCACGUGGCUCACGCUUUUGGCCAAUCAGUAACGAGUCAGGUAGUAGUCCAAGCACAAACGUCACAAUCAGAUCGGGAGAAAUGGCACACACAGCCGCGUCUUAUCAACCAUCUAUUAGCCGUGUUCUUAAUCCAUUAAAUCGACUGACAACCGAAAAUGGUGUGGGUGGUGCUGGUCAGGGCACACAUCGAUCUUGGGAUGACACGGCAUUGGUUAAUAGUACAGGACUAAGUGUGACAGACAGGCCACGACCUAGACCACCAGGUCUGUCUAUGUCUAGCACAAUUCCAUACCGAACUACAUCGAAUGUAGGCGCAUCAGACCUGAGUAACGGGAAUACACCGUCAGCCACAUCUGUCACAGGAAAUAAGGAUUCCAAUACGCGGAACUACACAAGCACCUAUACCACUGUGGUUUCAGACAAGUUAACACCGUGUUUUGCCAUUUCGAACGGUACGGCUCAGACAAAAGCCACCGCAAUCACUCAGACGGACAAACCAAUUUCGGGAUUUUGUCCACCGUCGUCAACAUCCUCCAGAACCGGGACAACUGCUUCCAUCGGUGCUACACGGACCGAUCAUUCGUGCACCGAUUUGGGUGUGAACAAACGGUGUCUUAAUUCCGGGACCAGUCCCGCAAUCACCACAACAUCCACAAGCAGUCCUUUGACUGUAUCUGCCGUAUCAAACUCAACGUCCACAGAACGUCCGCUCCAUUUGACCACCAUUUCCCCCUACCAAUCAAGUACGCAUUUUGAUUUCGGCCAAAUGUUUAGCCAAAUCGCUCGGAUUAACAAUCAUUUGUAUUUGAGUAGUUUGAAUGCACUCACUCCGGAUCGUCUACGCCAGCACGGAAUCACUUUGUUGAUUUCGGCCAUGAUUGAUCCCGUUCCACCGCAGUUACGCAAUGCUGUGACCAGUUCAAUGCACGUCCCUGUCGAAGAUGUGGAAGGGGCAAAUUUA